AUGUGGGAAGCGCCCGCUCUGCUGCUGCUGCUGCUGCUGCUGCCGCUGGCGCUGCUGGCCAGGCUCCCGCGGCAGGCAGCGCUGCAGCCCGCAGGUCGGGCGGUGCUCAUCACCGGCUGCGACAGCGGCUUCGGGCACCUGCUGGCGCUGCGCCUGCACCGCCUGGGCUUCACUGUCUUCGCCGGCUGCCUCUGCCCGGGCGGGGAAGGGGCGCGGCGACUGCUGCGGGAAGCCGCCUCCGGCUCCGGGCCCCUGCGGGUGCUGCCGCUGGAUGUCACCCGGGAGCGGGACGUGGCCGCGGCUAAGGAGUUUGUGCUGAGCAACCUGCCGGAGACAGGUUUUUGGGGACUGGUGAACAAUGCUGGAAUAUCGACAUUCGGCGAGACAGGGUGGCUGCCUAUGGAGAAAUAUGAAAAAUUUGUGGAUGUGAAUCUCCUUGGGUGUAUAAGGACAACGCUGGCAUUUCUUCCCCUUCUAAGGAAAUACAAGGGACGUAUGGUCUUUAUGUCUAGUGUUACUGCAUACUUUACUUUGGGGAAUGGCAUUUACUCUAUGACCAAGGCAGCCAUAGAAAAAUUUUGUGAUGCCUUAAGACUGGAAAUGAAGAAGUUUGGAGUGCUGGUUUGUGUUAUUCAGCCAGGAAAUUACGCACGUUCAACUAAUGUUCAGCCCCCAGUCAAUGCAGAGCAGAUCUGGAAUGAACUUAGUGAGGAGGAAAAGGCAGUGUACAAUAAAGAAUAUGUGCAAGAACGUUCAGAUUUUUUCAACAACAUACUUAAGGAAGGGUGCGCCACAGGCCAUGAAGUUGUAGAUGCCAUGGUGGAUGCUUUAAUGUCACCUGCUCCCAAAGCACGUUAUAUGGUUGCGAAGCUAAAGGAAAAACUGUUGGUCUUUAUAUGCACAGUUUUCCCAACUGUUGUGAUGGAUUCAAUUCUGUCCUGUGCACUGAGUAAAGUAAAACUCACAUAGCCCUGUGGAGAGAAUAUUGACCUGUUUCUGGUUUAUAAUUCAGGUUGGACAACUUUUGUAAGCAAAGGAUUUACAGCUUGGUCUAAAGGCCAUUGAAGCCAAUGGACAGACUCCCAUUGACUGGAAUGAGCUUUGGAUCAGACUCUUAUUCAGGACUGUAACUUUUGCAUACUGAAAUACAUCUGGAGUUGAAUGUAAAAUAAUUCACUUGCCGUACUUUGGGACACAGCAUUUCUCCACUUCUUGUAAGGAUCCACUGCUGUAUUCCUUGCCUGUUGAAUCUAAUGCAUUUUAUUUUUCUAUCGAAUCUUUCAUAUGAAAGUACCACAAAAUGCUUCCACGUCAGUUAUAAGUAGAGUUUACCCUACAGGAGCAUUGAUGGAUACAAUCAGGCAGGGAUGAAGAAUGCAAUAGUUUUGAGAGCCUGGAAAAGUAUUUUAUUGUUUUGUUAGAGGCAGAGCUAGGAAUGUUAGGCUGGGAGUGAGAAAUGGGCCUUGAAAUAGGUUUGAAUGGAGUUAGAAGGGUGCAGAGAACUAGGAAGCCUUAAAUGAAUUAUGAAAG